CGCACCGCAUUCAUUUGGAGAGCUUGGGAGCGCGAGGUGAUGCUGGGCGGAUAUUCGUGGUAAAUGAGCUCACUCUUGCCAAAAGAAUGACCAUAGACAACUGCAACUCUCCACAGGGCGUGAAAACCAACGUCGAAGAGAUGCUGGGCUCCAACGUCUCCAAAACAUUGUGCGAAAGCAAUAGCACCAAGAACUCCAGCUGUGGAAAUGUAUCUGUGGGAUUCCCAAUAGCCAUGAUGGUCACCGGCAUGGUCGGAAACUCUUUAGCUCUUAUUAUGGUGUGCAUAUCUUACAGAAAGAAGGAAAAUAAAAGGAAAAAGUCUUUCUUGCUUUGCAUCGGAUCACUGGCGUUGACUGACCUGUUCGGGCAACUUUUGACCAGUCCCAUUGUGAUAUCAGUUUACCGGGCUGGGCUGGACUGGGAGCGCAUCGACUCAUCCGGGCAGCUGUGCGCUUUUUUUGGCGUAUGCAUGACAACUUUCGGCCUGUACGCUCUUUUUUUGUCCAGUGCCAUGGCGAUAGAAAGAGCCUUGGCCAUCACAAACCCGCACUGGUACUCGAACCACAUGAAGACCAGCGUGACAAAGCAAACCCUGGCCGUGAUCUGGUGUCUGGUGCUGCUGUUCGCGCUGCUGCCCAUCGCGGGCGUGGGGAAGUACACGCUGCAGUGGCCCGGCACCUGGUGCUUCAUCAGCACCGGGGACACACAAUUCCCAGGAAAUAUGUUUUUCGCCACCACCUUUGCUGUUCUUGGAAUUUUCUCGCUGCUUGUGACACUCUCCUGCAAUGUAAUGACCAUCCGGGGGUUGAUCAUCCGGUGUAAAACAAAGUCUGGCACGUCUCAGUCCUCAAAGCAGUGGGAGCGUCUGACCACGGAGACCGUCAUCCAGCUGUUAGGGAUCAUGUGCGUCCUGCUCAUAUGCUGGUCUCCUCUGCUGGUGUUGAUGCUGACGAUGAUCUCCAGCCGGGUGUCCUCCCAUGAGUGUAAUCCAGCAUCCCCAACCUCCAAUCAAACGUCCAGCCGGGAUCUAGACUGUAACUUCUUUCUCACAGCCAUACGUCUGGCCUCCCUCAAUCAGAUUCUGGACCCGUGGGUCUAUCUGCUCCUCAGGGAGAUCCUCCUUCGCAAGUUUUGCAUUGUGGCUAAUGCCGUCUCCAACUGCUCCACAGAAGAUCAGAAAGAGAGCCAGACAGCACUGGAUGCUCUUAACAAGCAGAAUCAAGAAAGAAAGAACCUAUACCAAUCCCAAAAUAAUUAAGCCACCCUUUGACAGUAAUUAUGUCAUGACUGGAGGAGGAAGGCUUUCAAAAAUAUGAAAAUGUCUGGAAGUGGAAAUAAAAAUGGAAAAAGGAACGGAUUACCCCCUACAUGAGAACUUCGUAAAACGGGAUACAUCCAAGUCUGCUUCAUGCAUUUGUUUUGAUUAAAACACAUUCCAUUGAAAGUCACUAAACCAGCAUGUGGAUGCAUGACCGUGUCAUCUAUCGCGUUUGGCUGCUGUGUGGCCGCCAGGAACUCUCUCACUGACAGUUUUGAUAACAAGUUGUGCCAGACUCAAGAUCUGAAUGUGGGUGACUGCAAACUGACAAGUGGUGCAUCUCAUGAUCAUUGCUUUUAAUAACUUGAAGCCAUAAGCUAAGUAAAUGGGACUUUUUUGGUGAAUGUUUGAAUAUUGGGGGGUGGGGGGGGCUCUUGACUUUACUUGUAAAUAUUCUUGCCUUCCUCCCGCAGCCCUGAACAGGAUAAAUUGGGUAUAGAAAAUGAAUGAAUGAUGGAUAUCGUUGCCGUGUCUCACAGGAAGCAUUUACAAAAUUUGUUUAUAAAAGAAUGAGUGACAACUCAGAAGAAAAAUAGGAAGAUAUAUGUAUUCUAAACUGGAGCCAGUUGUUGAUUAUGUGGUUAUUUAUUAGUGUCUGUAAUAUGAAUUUUGUGCAGAUUUUGAUGACGCUAUAUCACUGGGUGUCACUUGUAAAUUACUAAACCUUGUAAAUUUCUAACAGUAGUGUACUGCAUGUGGCGCUCUUCGGCAUGAAGCCAGGACUAUACAAUGUGAAGCUUUUAGUUUGUUACAAGUUUUCUUGCAGAACGUGAAAUGCACUCGAACAUUGUUGUGUUCUCAACAAAUAGCUUUCUCUGCUAUUUUUAUUUGGAAAUAUCAGCAAAGCCACUAUUAUUAAAGAGUGACAGUGUGCAGGAAAGGAUCGUAGAUUAGUGGUGAAAAGUGGAAAACUGUGGCUGUCAAAGUGUGUUAAAAGAAAACAUGCCAACAGUAUACUAACAUCACCAGCUUAAAAAAAACUACUUAUGAGGAUUUUUUUAAACAUGUUCAUUUAUAAAAUUACAAUAAAAUCAGGGCUGUUUUAUCAGAAAACUGUUGAAAUAAAGAUGCUUAUGUUCAUAUGGCUACAAGAUAGAAAGCACAGAAGAUUAAAAAGCAUUUGAAACUGAUAAUACAACUUCACAUUGUGCUUUAAUGAUGUAAGAUGGUCAUACUGUAAGAGAGUUGUAAGUAUAAGUAUAGGCCGUCUCAUCAGCCAGGUUCAGUCAGAAACAUCAAGACACCUUCUUUUUCUUGUCUUUUACCCUCGCCUCAGUCAUUUGGUCUGUCAUUUGACUCAAUAAAACAUACAUUUUGAGUGAAACUGUGUUAACAGCUUGACCAGGACCUGGCACUGUGGAUCAACAGUUCAGCUGAAAGUUGGUACAAUGUCAAUUAAAGCAUUAGAUAUCUUUACAGCUUUACAUGUUUUAGUAUGUGCCACAUGUUUCACUGCUGUUACAAGUGAAAUGAUUUUUCCGGUUUCUUCGCCUGUUGCUUCUGGGUUGAUCAGGAACUGUGGAGCGUGUGCACAGUGCCUCGGCCAUUAUGGGUCCAAAACACACUUACAUGUUAUGAAAGAAUUUUGAACACUCGUUCAUGUCUGCGGACAACUUUGAUGAAAUGUUUUGGUCCACUUCAGAUGUUGACUACUGUAUAUGCCAUAUUAAUUCCAUAGAUGCAUGUUUUUUGUCUGUCUUGGAAGAAUAUGAUUUUAAAUUGUUUUUUUUUCUCCACCCAACUUAUAUGUAUUUUAAAGUCUGGUUUUAGUCUGACUAGCAGAACGUGAUCUAAAGGCACGGACGACUGUGAAAUGUGUAUUAAGUUUUAAUGUAUGCACACUUUGAUAUCCUUUUAGUUUAUUUUGAAGUUAAUUUCCUCAGAUACAUCGAGAAUCUUUUAGCAUAUCACAAUUUUUCCUUGUUUCAGCUAAAUUUCCUCCUUGUGAUCCCAGUACAGUUCCUAAAUAGAACCUUUAACAUGCAAAGUGUUUGCAUUCUCAGUUAAAAUGAAUGUCUGUUUUAAUUAGAUGCUUUGCUCUUAGUGACAUCUUUUUAAACGGAAAUAAUUGAUGACCAUAGAUUGUACACAAUGGUGUAUUUCUUUUAAGCUACUGUAAAUCUGCACUUUCUGUUUCUGCACACUGUAAAUAUUUUAAUCAAGCCUCUGGGGGCAUACAUGACAUAACGUCAAGUAUUCUUCAGGUUAAGGGACAAUUUUUCCUCACAUCUAAAGCUAUAACUGCUUUCUCAGCACAUCAGCCCACCAGAUUAGGUUAAUGUGUGCCAUCUGCCGUGCCUGGUCUUGACAUUGCCUCCUAGCUGCUAGAAAACAGCUCGCGAUAACGACCCCAUCGGAAAUUGUCUCUGAAAGCCACGUGAAAGAUUAACAUUUUCUGUUUCCCUGUUUCUGUUCUGCCAGCAGAGAUGGAGCAGAUGUCAGCCUUAUCUUGUAUCAACUGUGUUGCUUGUUGGCUCUAGUGGUCCACUUAAAAGAUCAAUCCUGUUUGAUGAAAAACAUAAAAACAAGUGUCUAAGGAAACACAAUUACAUUUGUCUUUUGUUACCACCAGUAACUAGUUGAUGUUAUUCCUGUUGAAUCUGGAGCUCUUUGCCAACUAAGGGUAACCAAAAAAAAUCUUUUUUCAUCAGCAAGAAAUCUAUUUCACCAGCAAAGUAGUCACACAGAUGCAAGCGGUUCUUACAUCAAUGAAUAAUGAAACUAAUCAAUCUUGAGGUUGUGCAUUAAGAACAUUUAUCGUGUGCAUAUGUCCAUGUUGUUCAGCAGGUAAUUUCAAUUUAAACGGCCCACUCUAUGGUUUAAUGUUUGCAUUUAAAGCAAUUAAGACCUGCACUUACAAGAAGCCAGGGGAUAUGGGUCAGUCAGUUUAGACUCAAAUUUGCAUUAAGUUAUAUUUUUUCAGUCCUCUGAGACUUCUUGCUCCUCAACAGAGGAUUUUCAUCUGUAGGGCACCACAACCAAUGCAGUGGAAGCAAAACAGAAUAUAAGUGAUUAAUUCAAACAUAAUAUAUUCCUUAAUGGAGCCAGCACAUUUCCAGGAAGCAUUUUCUGUUGUUGUAUAGUAGCUGCAGUAUGAAUUAUGAAUGCUUGUUUGAUUCAGGAGCCCUACACAGUAAAGCAAGGUGCAAAUAUCAGCAACUUAACCAUAUCGAUCCACAAGGCGAAGCCUUCAAAGGCAAUAAUGGUUAAUGCUUGCCUUCAUUAAGAAGUGACACAAACACGGUGUUGCAUAACAGGAUCAUUAAAUGAAAAGUGAGCCUUUUCAAGAAUCAAACCUUGAUUGUGAGGCCUGUUAAGUCUGGUUCGCUGAUGCGCUGAACUAAUUUACGUCUGGAUCAGACCGUUCCAGCUGGGAAUUAUACACAAGAGCCUUGCACCAGGAUUGUUUGGAGAGUGCAAUUACAUAAUGAAAGUAUGAGCUCGACAGAAACCAGAAAUGCCAGCCGCCUCCCUCUCGCUCUCUGAAGUCACUAAUGCAUGGAAGUGAUUUGAAUGAUUGCCUCGUGAACUUGAUGUCUUGAGAUUUCUGGAUAAGAGGAGAAUGACAGAGGAAAGAUUGCUUUUUUUGAUACUUUGCUGUUGACCUUGAACACAGUUUCAACUAGUUUCUACCAGUUAACCAGUCUAGAAACAUACAAGACAUAUUUUUUGGAUAAUAUUAGUCACUUUUUUUAAAUAUCUCAUAGUGCCAUUUUUAAUAUUGAUUGUUUCCCUGCAACAAAAAUAACAUGACCUUUACCCUUUAUCAGUCCAAAUAAUCUCUUUCAUAGUUAUCUU